CACUUUUUACCAUUCCAUUCUCUAUCAACUCAGAGUUUCAAGCUUUCGCCGGUCGAUUGCCUCUGACUUUUCCUUCUUUUCUGAUUCUUCUUCUUCUUGUGUAAUUACAUUCUUUUUUUCUCUCUUUUGCUGUUUAUUUCCCCAUUUCCAUCAUCUCAGACAACUCAAGAUGAAGACUUCCGUCGCUGUUUCUCUUCUUCUCGCCGCUGCGGCCGAGGCUCGUUUCGGCCAAGAGCAGGGCAACGGAGCCAUUGCCGCUAUUCAGGCAUUGUCAAACUUGGGUCAACCUGGACAAGCUGCCACCCUUGCCGGCAACGCCAUUCAGUUCCUCCUCGCUGCUGCAAACCCUUGUGGCAAGCUCAGCCAUGCCGAUUCAAUUCUAGAGGAGCUGGGCACAAGUGACGCUGCUGUUGCAGCAGCCCGUGGCCUCGUUGCUGCAGAGCAAAACUUCAACCCCUUUGUCGUCAGCGUCCCUUCCAUCUGCUCGGACACUACUCUGCCGAAAUCCGCACAGCUUCGGGGUGUCGUUCCCCUGAUUGACCCUGCGGUUGUCGGAUCGGAUCUCGAGAACAAGAACGCGGCGGCUUCCAAGACUAAGCCGUUCGCAGCUGAUGGCCUCAGUGUCGCUCAGGUUAUGGUCCAGAAUGGCUUCUCCAAUUUCACAGCUGUUGCUUUGGAUGGCAGCAAGUCGGAUGUUUCGGGAGGAUCGGCGGCAGUCGGAUCUUCUGCUGCUGCUGCACCGGUCGCCACCUCGGCCUCAGCAGCUCAGGCCUCUGCUCCUCCGGCUACUGCAGUGAACAACGCGGGAUGCAAUAGUAUCGCGCUCCCAACUACCAUGAUUACCAUUACGAGGACUGCUGUUGUGACUUCAGUAGCAACUGCUGAGGCUUCAAGCGCGCCCGCCUCUUCCGGCAGCGCUUCAUCUGGCAACGCCUCCUCUGGAAAUGCUUCUUCUGGUAACGCAUCAGCUCAAGCCGGAACCUGCACCGGCAGUGGCAGCACUUUGGCGUGCUCAGCUCCCAGCAAUGGCUCUGGAGCCGUCAAGAACGCCGUCACGGGCAACUUUGACGGCUUCGUAGCCUCGACCAUUGCAGGCCUGGACUUUGGACUUUGCGUUCCCACCAUGAAGUUCGAAGCUGGUCUCGACGGACGAUCCGACACCGAGUUUACCUUUCAGGCAAUCGACCCCCUCGUCAACAAGGGCCAAGAAGAGGCGCUCAACCCCAACAUCAUCACCAACCGGAUCCACGACCAGCUCACCAACGUGUGCGGAGCCAACGCGGCGGCCAAGGCUGCGGUUGCAGAUGCUCAGGCCAAGAUUUCGGCGCUGGGAACUAGGAAUGCGGAUACUGCCAACACGUGGAACUCGCUUCUUGGGUUCGCAAACACAAACAUUAACCCUGACAAUGCGCCUCAGGCCGGCCUUGUUGGUCACACCUAAGCGGAUGUGUGGUGAUGUGGGAGUGGGAGAUGGGAACAAACAAACAGCUUGGUUAGUGUACGAUAGAAAAGUGUGGUGAAAAACAAAAACACAUUAAUAAAAUGCAUAUCAAGCCGAGCUACUGAUG